AUCCAUUCUGUUUUGCAUCGCCAGUGAGUGAACAAGCAGACAGCAGGUCUACUUUUAUAUCCCACCUUUUUUUCUAUUUGUAUUUUUUUCCAACACAAAAUGGCCAGCAAAUGCCGUUUCAACUAUCAUGAAGAGUCUGAAGCUCUUGUCAAUAAGCAGAUCAACUUGGAGCUGAAUGCUUACUAUCAAUAUUUGGCCAUGGUCGCUUUCUACGAUCGUGAUGACGUAGCCCUGAACGGAUUUUCGAAAAUGUUUAAGAAAAUAGCCGAGGAAGAGUACGAACACGCCCACAAGCUCAUCAAAUAUCAGAAUCUUCGUGGAGGGCGUGUGGUCUUUAGCGAAGUGAGCUGUCCCGCCGAGCAGGAAUGGUCUUCACCGUUGGUGGCCAUCGAAUACGCUCUCACUCUUGAAAAGAAAGUCAACCAGUCAUUGCUGGACUUGCACAAAACGGGUUCCAAACACAACGAUCCUCAUCUUUGCGACUAUCUCGAAGAGAACUUUCUGCCAGAGCAAGUUGAGUUUAUCAACAAGCUGGCCAAGCAUCACACCAAUUUGGUCCGCGUUGGCGAUGGCUUGGGCGUUUUCCUCUACGAUAAGGAGCUUCUUUCUUAAACCUCCACAUAACAGUUACAAGGACUCUAUACUGUCAUAUGGUGAAGAAGAAACUCUCGAGGCCGUUCAUUGCUAGCCAUAAGAUUACUGUGGAGUUAAAAUAUCCAAAUCUUGUAACUGAUGUUACAAAAUAUAACCUGCAAAGAAACA